AUGGAAAUGCCUGCGAGAAGAUCUAAUUACUCACUUCUAAGUCAAGUUCCUCCUGAUGAUCCGUUUUCGUAUGCCGCCGGAGCUAGCGCGCCGUCGACUUCGAGUGACGGGAAAGCGAGCAGAGGCGGAAAGUUGGAUAGAGGUUUAGGUUUUGAUUGGGAGUUAGUUGGUGUUGAUCAUAGGUCAACUCAGCAAGGGAACAAUCGGAUCGGGAAUUUGUACUCUUCUAUUGGGUUACAGAGACAAUCAAGCGGGAGUAGUUAUGGGGAAAGCUCGUUGUCAGGCGGAGGGGAGUAUUAUGCGCAGACGCUGUCGACGGCGGCGGCUAGUGAGGUGGAUGCAUUUGGAUAUUUGCAUGAUGAUGGGUUUAAGGUUGGUGAGGCGAGGAACAAGUUGUCUGAGGGUCCGGGUUGGACUGGCGGAUCUUCCGGGAAGAGCUGGGCUCAGCAGACGGAGGAGAGUUAUCAGUUGCAGCUUGCUUUGGCGUUGAGGCUGUCCUCGGAUGCUACUUGUGCGGAUGAUCCGAAUUUUCUGGAUCCGGUGCCGGAAGAAGCUUCUUUGAGGCUCUCCUCUUCGCCUGAGGCUUUGUCUCAUAGAUUCUGGGUGAAUGGCUGCCUAUCGUACUCUGAUAAAGUCCCCGAUGGAUUUUACUUAAUUCAUGGUAUGGAUUCCUAUGUCUGGACUGUGUGCACUGAUCUGCAGGAAAACAGCCGAAUCCCAUCAGUAGAUAUUCUAAAGUCUGUGCAUCCCCGCACCGGUUCUUCCCUUGAAGUAGUUUUGGUGGAUCGGCGCCAUGAUGCCAGCUUGAGAGAACUGCAAAACAUAGUUCAAGACAUUUCUUGUAGCAGCAUAACAACAACGGAGGUUGUGGAUCAGCUUUCAAAGCUGGUUUGCAACCGUAUGGGGGGUUCAGCUUCUGCUGGGGAGGAUGAAUUUCUUUCUUUCUGGAGGGAUUGCAGCAAUAACCUGAAAGAUUGCUUAGGAUCUGUUGUUUUUCCCAUAGGUAGUUUAUCUGUUGGCCUCUGCAGGCAUCGUGCCAUAUUGUUCAAAGUACUAGCUGAUGCCAUUGAUUUACCAUGUCGGAUUGCAAAGGGAUGUAAAUAUUGCAAAAGAGAUGAUGCUUCUUCUUGUCUUGUUCGAUUUGGGCUUGAGAGGGAAUAUCUUGUUGAUUUAAUUGGGAAGCCAGGACAGUUAUGCGAACCUGAUUCUUUGCUGAAUGGUCCAUCUUCCAUCUCAUUUUGUUCACCCUUGCGCUUUCCAAGACUUAAACCAGCUGAAACUACAAUUGAUUUCAGGUCACUUGCCAAACAGUAUUUCUCAGACUGUCUAUCUCUUGAGCUUUUCUUCGACAACAGUUCUGCAGAACAGUUUGAUGGGAAAAGCAAUGAAAGGAAUAACCUUAGGCCAAUUUCGAGUGAUAGCAACAGAAGCUCUCACCUUCCUUUGUAUCCGCAAUCUGCUCUUCCGAGCACACGUGAUGAAGCUUCUGAAACAUAUAUGUUAUGUAACCCUCCUCAGAAUAUUAUAGACUCAACAACUGUGGGCAAGUAUCCACCUCCUUUAAAGCAUAAGCGUCCUGUUUGUAUUUCCAAUGAUGAUGUCAUUGAGGGUAGGAGGUUUGUCGAAGGAAGUCAACUGAUUCCUAGCAAGCCUACUCGAGAAAUUGCCUUUGACAUGGAGGAUUUAGCUAUACCGUGGAAUGAUCUUAAUUUAAAAGAAAAAAUAGGAUCAGGUUCUUUUGGAACUGUACAUCGUGCUGAGUGGAAUGGCUCGGAUGUUGCUGUGAAAAUUUUGAUGGAGCAAGAUUUUCAUGCUGAACGCUUCAAAGAAUUCAUGAGGGAGGUUGCAAUAAUGAAACAUUUGCGGCAUCCAAACAUUGUUUUAUUAAUGGGGGCAGUCACUCAACCUCCUAACUUAUCAAUUGUUACCGAAUAUUUAUCAAGGGGUAGCUUAUAUAGGCUGUUGCAUAGACCUGGUGCCAAGGAAGUUUUGGAUGAGAGGCGUAGACUUAGUAUGGCUUACGACGUGGCAAAGGGGAUGAAUUAUCUUCACAAACGCAACCCCCCCAUUGUUCAUAGAGAUCUGAAAUCUCCAAAUCUUCUUGUUGACAAGAAAUACACUGUGAAGGUUUGUGAUUUUGGGCUUUCCCGCUUAAAGGCCAAUACAUUUCUCUCUUCCAAGUCAGCUGCUGGGACUCCUGAGUGGAUGGCUCCAGAAGUUCUUCGCGACGAGCCAUCAAAUGAGAAGUCUGAUCUUUAUAGCUUUGGGGUAAUCAUGUGGGAGCUUGCAACAUUGCAACAGCCAUGGGGUAAUUUGAAUCCAGCACAGGUUGUUGCUGCUGUUGGCUUCAAGGGAAAAAGGCUCGAGAUUCCACGCGAGUUGAAUCCCCAAAUAGCUGCCAUAAUUGAGGCUUGCUGGGCCAAUGAGCCCUGGAAACGACCUUCUUUUGCCAGCAUUAUGGAUUCUCUGAGGUCAUUACUCAAACCCCCUACACCUCAACCUGGUCUUCCAAACAUGCCGCCUCUCACCUGA